CCUUGUGGUUCAUAAAGUUGAAGUUAAAUAAUAGCAGAUAAAGUGUUGCUUUGUCGAUCGAAUCAUAACAAUCGACACUUGCACUGGUCCAUUGACGUAUACAUCUCCUGACUACUUUGCAAUAGCAAUCCGUUAACACACAACCAGUAAAGUUUCGACCUGCAAAUACAUACAAACAUAUAUAGUCAUGAGUAUUCACAGCUCUGUAGACCCAACAGGGGCGUUGUACGCUUGCCUAAGCACAGACGGACGUUUAAGAAUAUAUGACACAGCCACAUCAAAGCUUGUUGUACAGCAUGUGUCAGAUGCCAAUCUGAGCGACGCCUACACAUGUCUGGCCUGGAACCCGAGUGCAUCGAAUCCCACACAGUCAACUAUAGCCUUAGGUACACGCAGCGGCAGUGUGCACUUAUUCGACAUAGCCAAGAGUGAGGUUGUGAAGGAAUUAAAGGGACAUACAGAGCAGGUGAACGCUAUGAUCUUCUCUGAUGACGGGAGCACACUGUACACGUGUUCGAAUGACAAGCACGUACAAAUAUGGAAAGUCGAAUCGGGCACAUCAACGAGUCGGUUUCAAGCGGACGACCACAAAGUCACAGCAUUGGCGCUGUGUCAAAACGGAAAGAGCAUAUUGACCGCCGGUAGGACUGUGAAGCUUUGGGAUCUCGACACUAAAAAAACCACAAAGAACUUCUCCGGUCAAGAGGAGAGCAUCAUACAGAUCUGCGUGUACCCCAAUGGCAACCAAUUCCUGACCUUCGACAAUGUGGGUCGAUUCGCAAACGUGUGGAACCUCAAGGGCAAGACCGCUCACACCGUCGGUGCGAUUGCCUUGCAGGCAGCCAGCAAGUGCAUUGCAGUGACACACAGCUCGUCGCCUGAUGCGCAAUGCAAUGUAGUCGCCGUGUCGCAUGCGGAUGAAGUGCGAGUGUGGGAGGUGCCCAACAAGAAAGAGGCCAAAUCAAGCGGAAAGCAGUCCAAAAACCCGGUGUUCAGGUGCACAUUCGUAUCCGAGACACCAAGCACAGAGGCAGGUUCAGAGGACAAAUCCGGCUCUGUCCCAACCAGUGUCCUGUACGCCUGUUUCAAUGCGCGCCUGCCCGAGAAUGAGCUGUGUGUGGUGAGGGGUACGCCGUUACGCCCGGCUAUUGAAAACGUUUCGUACAAAGAGAGCACUGGUAAAUGGAGUGACGGGGGGACUAUGGCCCGUGCACCGAUACAUCUCAUGGCAGCCACUCAGCAGUCAGACGCCGACGCACGCGCUAGCCGAAUCAAGGCGGCCGGGGAUAACGCACAUAUCAUUGGAGCGGAUAACGUGCAUUCUGAAAUGCCUAUGAACCUCGACGGACAAGUAGAGAAGAAAACACCCAAGACCAGCCAACAGGAUGGGCCUGUAUUGGGCGAUAUGAUUGAGAUCGAGCAAGAGGACGAUAUGCCCACAAAGCGCAGCAGGGGCAAAACCACCAAGGCCGAUUCCCUGGCGAAACUUCUGGCGCAGGCCCUACACAGCAACGACUUGUCCCUUCUGGAAGAGUGUAUCUCCAACACCAACGAGCACGUGGUGCGUAACACAGUGCAGCACCUGCCCACCCCCUACGUCAUCCCCUUCCUCGAGGCUAUCGUAGCCAAAUUCCAGGCCAAGCCGGUUCGCGGCGCUCAGCUGGUGCCGUGGAUUAAGACGGUGAUGGUAGUCCACACAUCCUACCUGAUGACUGUCCCCAACGUGCGGGAGAGUCUGGGGGGUCUGUCGUCGUUGGUUGACGCACGGUUGAGUGUGUUCAGGAAGCUUUUGGCGCUGAAUGGUCGGCUGGAUCUGCUGUUGAGCCAGAUAUCGGUACAAGCACAACUGGAUGGUGUGAGUGGACUGAAGGAGAACGCUGUAACGUUCAAGGAUGAAGAUACCUCUGAUUCAGAGUCAGAGUCCGAGGACAGCCAAUCAGAAGACGAGGAUGCGGCCGACGAUGACAUGGUGGAGUACAGUGGUGACAGUGAGGACGAGAGCGAUGAAGGAGAUGAUGAAGAGUAACCGGCCAAACGCACCUGCAAUGGCUCUAUUUAGUAGUACUACACGUACAUGUAUAUAAUUAGUAAAGGAAUGAGAUUGUCUGUGCGAGCUUAAGAUACA